UCUUAACCAACUGUGUCUAUUUCCCCCCCUAUCCCUUUUUAUUUAUUUUCUUUCUUUUUUUUGUGUGUGUUUGAUUCAAUAUUCCAAACCAGCGGUUUGAACAUAAGGGCAAUCUAGGCUAAAACCCAUAAACAACUUAAAGUUUCACCACACCUAUGACCCCCCCAUUCAAAUGAAUUCCUACCUGUAUUUUGCAAAAGCUUUUGGUCAAAUUUUCUUCACGAAUAAAACUAUUUAUACCAUCUUAAUUUUAUUUAUUUAUUUAGAUAAAUAACAUUCUAAAUUUAAUUGAUUAUGAUUAUUGUAAAAUUUAUCCAUUUGACAUGUAACGGAGGCGUGCUAUCAUUUCUUUCACGUAAUGAGUGAUGCAUAAAUAUCUCGUCACGGAUAAGUUAUUCUCUUUUCUCCUUAGAUAAUCAAUUGAGAGAAGAAAGAGUAGAAAUAACAAAAUCUUAUUAGUCUUUCUAAUACGUAUAUAAAUAGCUCCAUUAUUUCCGUAACGACAUUCACCCCCAAUAGGUCAACAGUAGUAUGAAAAACCCCUUACACCCCAAACCCAAAAAGUCCCCAUUAUAAAAGUCCUCAUCUUUUAAACACUCUCUCACCUAUCUCAUAUACACUCCUCUCUUCCAAACUCCCAACAAAGCCACACACAACCCAUGAAUUACAUUACAUCCUUUCUUUUCCACCAUACCCAAAUAUCAUCCCAUCUUUAGUUUAAUAUCUUCGCUUGCUCUUCUCUCUUUCUUCUCUUUGUCUCUCUCUCUCUCACUCUUUCCCUCUCUCUCUCUCUCUCUCUCAAAAAUGGAAAAACAUCACCCACCACAAAGCACCAACCUUUGCUCACCAACAUCUUCUCCCACAACCUUUGUCCAAGCAGACACAAACACCUUCCGAGACCUAGUACAGAAGCUGACUGGUUUAUCCGGUGACUCAGAGAAGCUCCCAGUCACCCACCCCACGAGGCACUACCCAAAGGCACCCACAAUUCCCGGUGACCCAACCGGCCCCCGCCGGUCACCGUUCAAGCUCCAAGAGCGAAGACACACCAUGAGGAAGCUCGAGAUCAAGCUCAGCCUCGCCAACCUCCAUGGCUCCCAGUCGCAGACCCCGCGCCAAACCUACCAGCUCCUCGACUCGCCGAUUCCGAGCCCCGUCACCCCACUCGGCUCUGACUCUCUCUUCUUCCCGAGUUCCGGGUCCGAGUCACCGUCAUCUCCGGCGGCGGCGGCGUCUGAGGAAGAGAAGGCGAUUGCCGAGAAAGGGUUUUAUUUGCACCCUUCCCCACUCAGCACGCCGAGAGGAUCAGACCCGCCCGAGUUACUGACCCUGUUUCCGCUGAGCUCCCCCGGUCACCAUGAUAACAAGUCUCAGCAGCACUCCUAAAUUAAUAUAACAUUACCUAUUUCCUGUUGACCUAAUUAUAAUAUACAUAUAGAUUUUUCAGAUGUUUGUAUUUUCGUAAUGCGAAUGUAUCAUACAUGUGUGAGACUUUUCUGAUUGUCCAUGCGAGGUUGAUGGAGUUUUUUUUUUUUUUUUUUUCCUUUCAUUUUUUCAUGUUCUUCUUCUUAUGGAUUUUUUUAAUCAUAUAAUAAUAUUAUUUAGAAGGGUUGUACGUGUGACUGUCAUCUGAAUUAUAUAUUAGAUUAUAUUAUUUUAUUACAAAGU